UGUCGAAAUUAACGCGUUAAUUGCGAUAAUUAAAUUUUGGAAUUAAUUACGUUAGAAUAUUUAACUAUUUAGCGCAACACGCAGAUAAGUCGCUCCCAUAAUUCCACUUGAUUUGUUUACCGCGCCACUGAAAAUGGAGAAGCAGGAACAGGAUGGCCUUCUGGAUGGGGAAUUUAAAUACAAGAAGAACAUAGAUGGGACAAUAAACAAACCCGUUGUAAUUUGCACUCACUGUAGUAAAGAGUUUCAAUUUCACCGUUCAAAUUCGACCUUAAAAUACCACCUUAAUGCCAAACACGCGUUUGUCGGGGCAGCAGCUUCACCCGGCCUGCGUCAGACCACUCUUAGUGAACGCAGGCCACUCGGUAAGUCUUCUUUGGACAAACUGACCGACAAUAUAGCCAAAUGGAUAGCAAAGGACUGUAGACCGCUAAGCAUUGUGGAGGACAAGGGCUUUGCGGAUGUUUUAAAGGUUGCAUGUCAGGACGCGUCCUACAAGCCCCCAGCGAAAAGCACAAUAACAAUUCGAAUCCACGAACUGUAUGAAACGGAGAAAAAGAAAAAAGAAGAGGCUUUAGUUCACACAGAAUGCGUGGCUCUGACAGGAGACCACUGGACAUCAUUGAGUAAUGACAAUUACCUGGGAGUUACUGCGCAUUUAAUCACUGAAGCCUGGGGUCUGACAUCCUUUGCGCUGACUAUAAUGAAAACGGAAGAGCGGCACUUUGCGGAGGCUUGUGCAGAGCAGUUCCAGACUGUUGCUCGCAGGUGGAGAAUUGAGGAGAAGGUGAGAACAGUAGGCACGGACAGUGCGCGCAAUAUGAUCGCCGCGGCUCGCAUCAUACCAUUCAAUCACAUGCCGUAUACCGCGCACAUUCUACAGAGAUGCAUCACAGUGAGUCUCGCAGACAGUGGCUUUGUCACUGCGCUGGCCAAAUGCCGCAAAAUUGUUGGCCAUUUUAAGCACAGCCCAGCAAACACAGCAGAGCUGAACGCAGAGCAGGUGUCACUGGGGCGCAAGCAGGAGCCGUUGCCCCAGGACGUGCCUACGCGCUGGAACUCCACGCUGGAGAUGGUGAAGCGCUUGAUCCGCAACCAAACUGCAGUAACCGCGACUCUGGAUAAACAAAAGCAUAAACUUGUCCUCCUGACGCCUCCAGAGUGGGACAAACUCCAGAGACUGGAGACACUUCUAGAGCCCUGCAGAUAUGUGACUGAACUGCUGGGAGGAGAGGCCUACGUCUCCUGCUCUGUAGUUCUACCAGCCUUCUGCCACCUGCGCCGUGUCAUGGAAGUAACUGAUGAGGACCCUGCAUAUGUGGUGAGGUUUAAAGAGAAGUUUAAGGAAGACCUUGCUUCCCGCCAGGAACAUACCAACUAUGCAUGGCUCCAGAUCGCAACUGCACUGGACCCACGUUUUAAAGACCUACGCAGUGUGCCCAAGACUGACAGAGAAGCAGUGUGGACCACACUGGCAGGCAUGCUGCAUGAAGACUCUCCUAGAAGAUCACACACUGCAGAAGAAGGUCCAGCCAAGAAGAGGCUGAGCCUGCUGCAGAUGGACUCUCAGGAUGAGUACCAGAGGAGGAGAUACCUGGCCACUCCUGCCUCCACAGUGCCCUGUGAGAGGCUGUUCUCUGUAGCAGGGCACAUUGUGAACAAGAAGAGGUCUGCUCUGCACUCAGAGAACGUGGACAAGUUGGUUUGUCUCAGCAACUGGCUGAAGGAUGAGUAG